CUACUGGUAUUAACAGCAAUAAAGCGUUAUCUAAACAUACUAAUUACAGACAGGAACAAAGAUAAAAUUCAUAUAAAAAGGUAAACAAAAUCAUCGAAAAACAUAGUUUGUUGAACAUCAAACAAACAGAGCAAAAUGAAAUCCCUGCUCAUAACCGCUGUCUUAGUCGCCGUGGCCCUGGCCGGGCCCACCAACCGCGUCCUCAUCGCCAGUCACCUCUUCGAGUCACCAAUCGCUGUCGGCCCCGCUAUCGUCGAGAGCCCCGCUCCCAUCGCCGUUGGCCCCGCUAUCGUCGAGAGCCCCGCUCCCAUCGCCGUUGGCCCUGCUAUCGUCGAAUCACCUGUCGCUGUAAGCCCCGUUAUCGUGGCUGAGCCUUCUCCCAUCGCUGUUGGCCCCGCCAUUGUGGAGUCCCCUGCUGCAGUCAGCCCCGUCAUCGUUGCUGAGCCUUCCCCCAUCGCCGUUGGCCCCGCUAUCGUCGAAUCACCUGUUGCAGUCAGCCCCGUUAUCGUGGCUGAGCCUUCUCCCAUCGCUGUCGGCCCCGCUAUCGUCGAGAGCCCCGCUCCCAUCGCCGUCGGCCCCGCUAUUGUCGAAUCACCUGUUGCCGUCAGCCCCGUUAUCGUGGCUGAGCCUUCUCCCAUCGCUGUAGGCCCCGCUAUCGUCGAGACACCUGUCGCCGUCAGCCCCGUCAUCGUAGCCGAGCCUUCUCCCAUCGCCGUUGGCCCCGCUAUCGUUGAGAGCCCCGCUCCCAUUGCCGUUGGCCCCGCUAUCGUGGAGUCACCUGUUGCCGUCAGCCCCGUUAUCGUAGCUGAGCCUUCUCCCAUCGCUGUUGGCCCCGCCAUUGUGGAGUCCCCUGCUGCAGUCAGCCCCGUCAUCGUUGCUGAGCCUUCCCCCAUCGCCGUUGGCCCCGCUAUCGUGGAGUCACCUGUUGCUGUCAGCCCCGUUAUCGUAGCUGAGCCUUCUCCCAUCGCCGUUGGCCCCGCUAUCGUCGAGACACCUGUCGCCGUCAGCCCCGUCAUCGUAGCUGAGCCAUCCCCCAUCGCCGUUGGCCCCGCUAUCGUGGAGUCACCUGUCGCCGUCAGCCCCGUUAUUGUGGCUGAGCCUUCCCCCAUCGCCGUUGGCCCCGCUAUCGUGGAGUCACCUGUCGCUGUAAGCCCCGUUAUCGUAGCUGAGCCUUCCCCCAUCGCCGUUGGCCCCGCUAUCGUCGAGACACCUGUCGCCGUCAGCCCCGUCAUCGUAGCUGAGCCUUCCCCCAUCGCCGUUGGACCCGCUAUCGUCGAGACACCUGUCGCCGUCGGCCCCGUCAUCGUAGCUGAGCCUUCCCCCAUCGCCGUUGGACCCGCUAUCGUCGAGACACCUGUCGCCGUCGGCCCCGUCAUCGUAGCUGAGCCUUCCCCUAUCGCCGUUGGUCCCGCUAUCGUCGAGACACCUGUCGCCGUCAGCCCCGUCAUCGUAGCUGAGCCUUCCCCCAUCGCCGUUGGCCCCGCUAUCGUCGAGACACCUGUCGCCGUCAGCCCCGUUAUCGUAGCUGAGCCUUCUCCCAUCGCUGUUGGCCCCGCCAUUGUGGAGUCCCCUGUUGCAGUCAGCCCCGUCAUCGUAGCUGAGCCUUCCCCCAUCGCCGUUGGCCCCGCCAUUGUGGAGUCCCCUGUUGCAGUCAGCCCCGUCAUCGUAGCUGAGCCUUCCCCCAUCGCCGUUGGCCCCGCCAUUGUGGAGUCCCCUGUUGCAGUCAGCCCCGUCAUCGUAGCUGAGCCUUCCCCCAUCGCCGUUGGCCCCGCCAUUGUGGAGUCCCCUGUUGCAGUCAGCCCCGUCAUCGUAGCUGAGCCUUCCCCCAUCGCCGUUGGCCCCGCUAUCGUCGACACCCCAGCUGUAGCCCCCGUAGCGGUCGUGGACACACCUAUUGACCCCGUCGCCGUUGUAGACGGACCUAGCCCUAUCGCCGUUGGGCCCGCCAUCGUCGGACCUGUCGACCCCGUCGCCGUUGUCGAUGGACCCUCUCCCAUAGCUGUUGGACCAGCAGUCAUCGGCAGCUUUGAGCCCGUCAUCUCUGAGACUCCAGUCAGCACUUCCCUUAUCACCCUUAUCUUCAACAUCUACAACCAAGCCAGUGAUUUCCUCGGAAACCCAGCACCUGUGGCUCCCGAAACCGUCAUAUCUGAAGGUGCUGACGCAGUGAACGUAGUAGAACAAGCUGUUGACCCAGUUAAUGUUGUUGAUCAAGUUGUUGAACCCGUGUUGGUAGUUGAAGCACCUGCAGACCCUGAGCCAGUGGUGGUAGGCCCCGCAGUCAUCCCUCAGCCUGUGGUCAUUGCAAACCCAAUUGCCGAGCCUGCUAUUCAUGCUUAAGCGAAGUAUGUCGGGUAAGCGGUAUGUAUAAUAUUGUAAAAUAAACAUCUUAUUUCUAAAUA